AUGGCUCCUGCUACACAUCCUCAGGCCAAAUUCGAUCCUAUCCCUCCGAAUCUGGACCUGCAUGCCAUCGUCGAUCGAACGCCAAACUUCGAGUUCGCCCAGCGCAUACCUGCCUCUAAGAUCAGGAAGCUCGAGUUCGAGAAGCUCGUCUGGUACCAGGUCAUCAAGCAGGGCAAACCUCUGGUCAUCGAGGGCUGGCAGGGUAGACUCCCAAAGUCGCUCUUCAGUGCUCAGUGGCUGGAGGCAACCUACAACAAGAAACAGGAGGAUGUCCGUGACAUCAAUGCUCAGAUUGACAUCCCCAUGACCAUUGGUCACUACUUGCGAUCGAUGCGACAACUUACCGAGCAGUGGACACCGCAUAACUUCCGAGACGAGCGAAGACAAAGACUCUACCUGAAGGAUAUCGACUGCCCGCCAGAGUGGCAUGACUAUCUGCGGAAGAUCAUGCCGCCAGGUUUAUUCUACUGGAACGAGAACAUCGAGGAUUAUGGUGCCAAUCAAGAUGACCUUUUCGUGGAGGAGAGGACUGCCGCGCCGGCGGGUGAUCUCAUGAGCAGCCUGCCGCAAGACAUGCGCGCCCAGAAUCUGAUGUGCUAUAUUGGGCACGAGGGCACAUACACGCCAGCGCAUCGCGAGAUGUGUGCCUCUCUGGGACAGAACAUCAUGGUCGAGGCUUCAACUAACGAAAAUGGGGAGAAGGAGGGCAGUUCCAUAUGGUUCAUGACCGAAACGAAAGACCGUCAAGUUGUUCGCGAGUACUUCUUGUCCAUGCUAGGCCACGAUGUCGAGAUCGAGAAACACUUUGCGCAGAUCAAUGCUUGGAAGAAAGCGACCUUCCCGGUCUACAUCGUCGAACAGAUGGUGGGCGAUUUCAUCCUCAUUCCGCCUCUGGCACCCCACCAGGUCUGGAACAGAGGCACUCGAACCAUGAAAGUUGCCUGGAACCGAACGACUGUGGAGACCUUGGAUUUUGCCCUGCAUGAGGCGCUCCCACGUGCGCGGCUCGUCUGCCGCGACGAGCAGUACAAGAAUAAAGCCAUCAUCUAUUUCUCACUAAAGAAGUACCACGAGAUGCUGCAGAAUGCCGCAGACCCUCAGAUGACCUGGUUGAUGGGCGACGAAGUUGGCAAGGAUUCCGUGAGGCUCCUGCAGCUCAAGAAGGACUUCAGAAAGCUGCAGCAGCUCUUCACAGAGAUCCUGGUGGAUGAGAUGUUCUCCUCCAGGGAGAAGAACGUCGAGAUGAUUCCAUUUGACUCGUGCAUCACCUGCUCUUAUUGCCGGAGUAAUAUUUUCAACCGCUUCCUCACCUGUAAGCACUGCGUCCGAGAUCUCAUAGGAGGCGACCAAGAUACCUACGAUGUUUGCAUGGAAUGCUACGCCAUGGGACGAUCCUGCCUCUGCGUCUCCGGCCUGUCAUUCUGCGAACAAUGGGACUGGGCUGAGCUCAUCGACAACUAUGAGGCGUGGCGAAACAUGGUCAUCUACAACGAUGGUUUUGUUGAUUUGAACCUAUCGCCGCCGCCUCUGGAGAUUGCCAGGAUGAAGAUUGGCAGGAAGUCCUUGGCUCAGGUCUGCCAGGAGCAGCUGCGGAUCAGACCAUUUCAUGAUAUCACAAAACCUGACAGGCCGCCUUCGCUGGAGCCGGAGGAGGAGGAGCCGGUGGUGGUGGAUGAGCAAGGACAUCCUAAGAAACGGAAGCGGAAGAAGAAGAAGGGUGAUACGUACAAGUGUCACACUUGCAUCCACAAGGAUUACACCUACCGUCUGGCGUUCUGUACGAAUCCUGGCUGUCAUCAAGCCUAUUGUUUUGGCGUCCUCUAUCGGGCAUUUGAUAUGAUGCCACAAGAGGUACUGCAGGCGGAGCAUUGGCACUGUCCCAAGUGCCGGGGAAUUUGUAACUGUGGUCACUGCCGCAGGGCGGGGACCACAGUUCCCUACGAGCCCAAGAACACCUACAUUGGUCACGACACGCGGGCUGUUGCUGAUGACCGCAGCCAAGAAGUCCUUGUUGACUUCCGAGUACACAAUCUCAAUUGGCUGAAAGCAGCCGGUGACGAGAGCCGGAAUCACAACAGCAAGAGGAUCCAGCGUCUCCGCCAGCAGGCUGACGCCGAAAAGGAGAAGGACCAGGACGUUGUGGACGCUCUCGUAGAUACCAAUGCUGCUGAUACUAAUGAUUUCGAGGACCGUGGCGAGAUCGAUGGCAACCUCAACGGCGAUGACGCACAUGGUCGCCAAGAUCUGUUCACCCAGAAUGGCGCCGCAGAAGCUGGUGGCCUGUUGGCGUUGCCCGACGCGGCGACCCUAUUGUAUCCUGAGACAGCCUAUCCCGAACCACCUGGGCCGGAACGAAGGCUCGGAAUGGGUUAUUACGAGCAGGAUGAUUCUCCCGACAAGAUCCUCUACAAUUAUUACGAGGAGCCCAAUGGUGAGGACAUGCUUGACGAGGAGGCCGAACUUGUCAAGAAAGCGCUACGCUUGGCGAAGCGUCGCGCUCGCCAGGAAGACGACAGUGACCCAGAUUUCGUGGUUGGAAAAUCACACAAGAAGAAGAAAGUGGAUUACGCAAACAAGGCCAAUACACUCCAGAAUAUGGAUCCUGCACUCCUUGGUGGUGAGGAUGUGACCAUGGUGGAUGCGCAUGCAGAGCCUCAGCCGCAGGCACCUACCGAGGUUACAGCAAACGAUGAACAGCAGGAAGAGCAACAGGGACCGGUGGACCUGGGGCGACCAUUUGAUCCUAACAUUCCGACCUUGCGGUCGUCGAGGCCCACAGUGUCUUAUGCCGAGAUGGAGGGAGAUAUUGAGGAGUUCAAUGAGACAGUGCCAAGCAAACCCAAGAGGCCCAAACAGCCCGAGGCCACGCCGACAGCAGCGAAAGCUAGUUCUGAUCCUCUCGACCUAGCUGCCGAAGCAUUUAGGGCGAUCGCGAAUGCGCCCAGCAACCAGAGUCCCCCCAGGGCAUCCGCUCGCCGAAAGGGACGGCCGGGCAGACCACGCAAAUCGGAUGCAACCGCUUCUUCUACUCCACCAACAGGCUCAACCAAGAAUCGCGGCCGACCUUCUCGGGCGUCCCUGGCCAUGAGCUCGGCGCCCUUCACCGACGGGAUGCCAGAUUCUCCCCACGAUGCCAUGAUCGGGGAGCUUGAGCAGGGGCUUGCCAAGGAGCUGGAAGAUGGUAAUUCCUCUGCUAGCCCCACGGCUGAGAUGCUGAGGCCGAGGAGAAGAGGCCGUCCCCCAAAGAAGGCCGUGCAGGUGGCUGACAAGCCAACACCGAUUACAACAUCUCGCAUCGAUAAGGUGCCUGCGCCUGCGCCUGCUUCAAGUGAGAAGUUCUUAUCCAUGGCCGAGCGUAUGGCGCUCCGUGGCAAGAAGAUCAAGAUCGGAAAGCGGAAGCAGGCAAAGGAUGGAGGGAAUGCGGUGGACAAACAGGCCAGCAGUGUGCAGGCUGAGCCCGUCACAUCCCGGCCUACGAGCAUCGUUCCGAUGCCCAGGGUCUCUACCUUGGCAUCUCCUCGGUCGAAUGUUUCGAGCCCUGCACCCGUCACUGUCAUCACGAGAGCGUCGGGCAGUGCUGCGAUCGAUAGAGAGCUGGCAUCGAGGGACCCGUCUCCGGUCGUGCAGCCGCCCAAGCCGAAGGGCCCGACAAUAGUAAGACUCGGAGACUCGGACGAUGACGACGGCUUCAGCCUGUACAGCAGUUCACCCUCUAGUUCUGGGAAUCAAGAUGAGACCUCCGAUAGGGACUCCAACGAGGACAUGCCCGCUGAGACUAUAACGAGGUCUGCCUUGCGAGGGAGGCCCGCCGUGAGAGGUAGAGGGGCCCGUGGCCGCGAUCGUAGUCGUGGUCGGGGGCGGGGCAGGGGAAGGCCGGCUUGAAAUGAAGGGGACGUGCACCUCGCCCGAGAUGCAUGAUCGCAGUUCUCAAGCAGCCUUGGUUCGUCGUUAUGAGAGUGCAUCGCAGGUAGCGGCAACAGUCAAGCUAGAGGCGCGUAUUGCUUGCACAGCCUUCUUUGUUGUACUAGUAAUCAAGCAAAUUUGAUGUACC